AUGGCGAUAAAAUUGCAAAUAAUUAAAGGAUUUGAUUCUCGUGUUACAUUUGAUAAUUUAACAUUUAUUUUAAGAGAUUUAGAACCGAUAGAAGAAGAUUCAUGGCAUAACGAAGAUAAACCACAAGAAUGUUAUUUUCGUUCAACUGGAAAUUAUUGGGGUGUCGGUGAACAUUGGGGACCAGGAAGUCAAUGUUGGAUUGCAAGAUGCAUUAGACCUGGAGAAGUAUCAAUAUUAAGUUGUGGUGAAGUUGAAUCAGCUGAAGAUGGUUAUACAAAUAGAUAUUGCCAAAAUAUUGGAAUGGAUUUUAGUAGACCAUAUCCAGGAUGUUGUACAAGAUUUUUAUGCCGUAGAUUAAAUGAUUCAGUACCAUAUAUAUAUAAUCCAUCAGUACCAGGUGGUGGCCGUGAAAGACCGUAUUAUAAACGAUGGGUUUUUUAAUUUUUUAAUGAGUAAAUGUUACGUUUUUGUAAAUCUAACACUCGUUAGCUGCUUUUUUAAAAUAAUGUGCGAGAAUUAUU